AUGGCCCAGUCCAGGGCCAAUGGCUCACACUAUGCCCUGACAGCCAUCGGGCUGGGGAUGCUGGUCCUUGGCAUCAUCAUGGCAGUGUGGAACCUCGUCCCUGGCCUCGGCCCCCCCGAGAAACCCUCCACCCACCCUGUCAACAGCAGCAAACCCGACCGUGGCUCUGGGGGUAUUUUGAAGAGUAAGACCUUCUCGGUGGCAUAUGUGUUGGUGGGGGCAGGAUUGUUGCUGCUGCUGCUCUCCAUCUGCCUCAACAUCCGGGACAAGAAGAGGCAGAGUGAAGAUAUCACCAUCGCUCACGUGCAGCACCAAGUGUCUGUGGAGCCCUCGCAGCAGGAGGACAGCCAAGAAGAGGAGGAAGAUGUGUCUUCCCAGUACUACGUCCCCAGCUACGAGGAGGUGAUGAACACAGGCUACUCUGAGCCUAGAGACUCAGACAGGAGCAACAGGCUGAGUGUGUCCCUGCCCUCCUACGAGUCGCUGACGGGGCUGGAUGAGAGCAGCCAGGCACCAGGAGCUGCUGGCACGGAGCCUGGCACGGAGCGGCAGCCCAGCCGGCACGGCAAGCGCCUCAAGCCUCUGAAGGUCCGGAGGAUCAAGUCAGAGAAGCUUCACCUGAAGGACAUCAGGCUAAACCUGGAGCAGGGGAACUGCACUGUCCCUAUCACGAUAGAGCCGCUGACCCCUCCACCCAAAUAUGAGGAUAUCCAGGAGAAACCUCCAGUGAGCCAGCAAAUGCCUUAA